GGCGGGGGCGCGCAGGUCCCCGAAGGUGCGACUGUCCCGGGCCCUGGGUGCCCGGGCGCCGGUGGAGAGGUCAGGCUGGCGGGGUAUCGGCCCGCGACGGCGGGGCAUGGCGGCGGGCGGCAGGCUGGAGGACGGUUCCUUGGAGAUCCUUCAAAGUAUUGAUGAUGACCCGCUUCUGGACACCCAGCCUCUCCCACACCACUCCUUACAUGCUCACUUUAGACCCAGAUUCCACCCUCUUCCUACGGUCAUCAUAGCGAAUCUUCUGUUGUUUAUACAUGUUGUGUUUGUUACUUUGGCGUUUUUAACAGGCGUGCUGUGUUCGUACCCUAAUCCGAAUGAAGACAAGUGUCCAGAAAACUACACCAGCCCACUGAAAGUCCAGACGGUCAUCAUCCUUGGGAAAGUCAGCCUGUGGGUUCUGCAUGUGCUUCUUGACCGCUACCUCCACUACCACCACAGCAAAGUCAGAGGCCGCGGCUAUUCCCAGAUCUACCGGUCUACGAGGCGUCUCAAAACACUCCCCCUCAUGGUCCACUCUUCUGGCAACACGGCACUGCUCCUCCUCCUGUGCGUACAGCAUUCCUUCCCUGAGCCCGGCAGGCUGUACCUGGAGCUGAUGCUGGCCGUCCUGGCCCUGGAGCUGAUCUGCUCCCUGAGCUGUCUGCUGCUGUAUGCAGUGAAAGUUAGGAGAUUCAAUAGAGCCAAACCACAGCCUGACGUACUUGAAGAAGAAAAAAUCUCUGCUUACCCCAGCAAUACAGCCUCCGAGACUGGCUUCAGGACUAUGUCAAGCCUAGAAGAAAUUGUUGAAAAGCAAGGAGACAUAAUAGCGUACCUGAAACGACACAAUGCCCUCCUGAGUAAGCGGUUGCUGGAACUGGCCUCUCAGCCAGCUAGAACAUGAGAGGCUCCUGGGCGUGACAGCUGUGGAGUCCACAGUCGUCACUUCAGACUGCCCGG